AAUUCGACCAAGUCUUGAGUCUGAGUCUGAGUCUAGUACACAUGGGGAGUGGGACUCCUCUGUGUUUGUUGGUUUUCAGGUCUGGGGAGUGUCCCAAGAGUGGGGGUUGGUGUGGGUUCAUAUCCAAGUCUGCUACGGAGGGCUUCGGCUUCGGCUUCGGCAGAGUCUUCGGCGGAGGAUGGUCAAGGCUAGUCGAAAUAUAUCCGGAAGGGCGCUCCUUGAGUAGACGAGAACCGCAGACGCGUACGGCAGGCAGCCAGUGAAGGUGCGGAGAGGGCGCACAUAGUCCCAAGAUGGCGGGACAGAGCUCACCACCUCUCCGGCAAGCCCAACACGCUCAUAGGGGUAAUGGCCUCCCUCUCCCCGCGCUCGGCGCGCUCUCUGUCCCUCUCUGUCCUGUCCCCUCUGUCAGCUCCAGCCCGGUCAGCCCGUUCCCUCUCCCUGUCCCGUUCCCAAUCCCGGGCCUUCUCCCGCUCCCAGUCUCUCUCCCUUUCCCUUUCCCGCAGACUUUCCCUCUCGCGCUCCCACUCUCUCCCCCCUGCCCUCCCUUCCCACACUUUCCCUGCACCAGCGCCCAACGGCCUCCCAAGCCCACCAAGCGCAGGCGCACAGAGUGGAGUCAGACCAGCCAGCUGAGGUAACGGAGGCAGCUUCCUCCUCAUCUGGUCACCGCUGGUUCUGUCUCUCAAGAAACUGGCCGGACUCGGACUAGAGCUAGGAGGAGUGCGUCCCCCCCCAUAUGGGCGAUCUGUUGCCUGGGCAAGAGGUUGCCCUUGCCUUUGUCCCUGGGCGUUGGGGUAGGAGUCCACAGGCCCCACUCUGGGAGAUAAGGAUGGCACCCUCCAUAUCCCCCCCGCGCCCCUGCCCGCGUCAGCUGGUGACACCCGAGGUGAAGGAUCUUUAAGCAGCAACAACACUGACGCUGCGGCGGCGGCGGCGGCAGCUGCGUUCUCUUCUUCUUUCCGUUGGGUAGGGGUUGUUAGGACUGUCGGGCGGGCGGCGGUUGGUGACUGGGAGUGUUGCGGGUGGGUAUGGGAGUACUGGGUAGACUGCGUCGACCCCUCUCGUGCCGAAGGAGGGAGGGCAAGACUCGGUUCCGGCAGCCUCAACACCGGCGGCUGACUCGAAGGGGAGACAGUAGCUUCCUGCUUUCCCGACGCCGGGGGGGAGGGCAAGUGCGUUCCCGGGGAAAGAGGGAAUGGGAGCGAGCGGGCCGAGCUUGUCCUUAUAUGGGAUUUCGACCCCGCGCCGGCGCCGGAGCUGGAGCCGAAGGGCGGGUGCCAGGAAGGCAUCGUCGGUGUUGGAAGGAGAGGGUAGGGGCUGGUCUCGCUCCCUCCUGCGCUGGUGGGCGCAUGGGCAUACCCGUUCCCCAUGGAUGAGCCUCUUGCAGGUUCGUCCUCUUCUUCAUCCUCGUCGUCGUCGCUCUCGCUUUCCCCUUCGCCUUCGUCUUCGUCUUCCGGCUCGUCCCCGCCCUCCCCAUCCGGUAAAUCGUCGUCUUCCUCAUCACUAUCCUCCCGUUUCCGCUUCAGGGUACUCAGGGGAGCGACCGCGCCGCUCUUCAACGCACCCUCGAC